CAAGAGCCAGAACAAGAGUUUCUCUACUGCAUCUCCAACACAGUUGCUGCACCUCCGCUCCCUGACCUCCUCACUUACAAAAAUGGAACACCAUCUACCCAGACUGUUCAUUCUGACAGUGAUAUCAUUAGUUGGCUGGAGCGAGGCAGCCCCUGCACAUCACAUUCACCAGCGCCAAGUAGAGCAGAUCAACGGACCUCAUGAUGUCAGGUGGAGACUGGUAUCCGGUCUGGAGACGGCAUAUUUCUACAUUGACAAAUUGACAAGGCAGGUGAAAGCAUGUGACAACCAGCCACUGCUCACUGCU